AUGGCGGUCUGCGUCUGCUUCGGGUGGACACUCUGGCUCAUCCUGCUGAACGUCGCGCCCGACGACACUGUGAACCGCGUCAUGAACACGGAGACGUUUGACUACGGGUCCUUCUGGCUCAUGGUAAACCCCUCGGAGGCCCUGGUGGCGGUGGCCACGGUCGGCAUGUCCGUCGUUGCGCUCGGGUAUCUCGGCGUUCUGGUCAAGGUGGUGACCCGCUUUCAUCGACGAAAGAACGCGUUCUUGAUCCACCAAGCGAGCAGCAAAAGGGGGAGGGCUCAGAGUGACACGAGUGAUAGACACCUGAGCAGUAAAAUGGCUAUUACAACGAAGAAAUUCGCAAAAUCGCUCAUUCAGGACGAGAGCCCAGCGCGUAAACGUAUCAAAUUGUUGAUGAAGUUUGGCGAUCUGGCGCUUGAAACGCUGCUACUGUAUCAAAUGCUAGAAGCCGGCUCACCCUUGGUUCUUAUCGGCAUUUUUACGUUCAUCGCCGCAUCCAACGCCCUCGCUUGUGCGGCAAUGAUGUUCGUACCGUUUGACUUUUUGAUCAUUAUCGGCUGCCCCAUGCUCGUGGUGGUCUACUGCCUCUCGGCCUUCACCUUUGACCACGCCAAGUUCGCCAUCAAUCUGGAGGUUUUCCCUGCCGGGUGGUUCGAGCAGGGAGCAAACGUCAUCGCAGACGCGGAGCAGACCGCAGUCAUCUACGAGAGUCUCAAGUCGCUGCGGAUCAUGACGGCGCUCAGCUUCUUCACGCGCAUCGGCGUCAAUAUCACGCUCUGCCUCCGACUUUGGCAGGUUGUGGACCUCAUCCACAACCCCAACAAGCAGCACAGUAGCGUGUACCCGAAGCGCCACCGAUUGGGAGCAGCGUUCCUCGUCAUUUACGCUGCAAUGCUCGUGAUUUUCGUGGAGGAGAGCGUCCGAACGUCGUCGCUAGCGUGCCGCCCACACCCGGAAUGUGUUGUGAGCGCUCGUCGCUGGACGAUUCUCGAAGACGGAUCGUUGUCCCAGUGUCCAUGCUUAAUGCUGAUCGACCGAGACAUCGCGCCGAAAACUUAUGCUGACUGGGAGAACCCAGUCAAUGUGACGAAUAAAGUUGCUCAGCUGGCGGUAAAAGGAGAGCUACAGACCGUUCAGCUGACUAACCGAUACUUGGCUGUUUUUCCAGAGGAGCUGCGACGCUGCAAGAACUUGAGGCACCUAUCUUUAGAGUACACGCACACGCAAACGUUCCCGUCGUGGAUGAAGGAGUUCAGCAAGCUCGAGUUUAUGUGGGUUUGGUGCUUUCUCAAGAUCUCAAAAUAUGUGUUGAGUACGCUAAUGAUUUUAUGGUAUAUUAGACACGUCGAUAGCAAGUUUACCAGUCCGAUGGUAGCACUACCCGACGACAUGUUCGAGGACAUGUCGUCUCUGACCUUCAUCCACUUCGCUGCGUUCAUCCCGAUGGCAAAGCUGCCGUCCUUUGAUGGCCUCACUAACCUCAAGUCGCUCACAUUGGCUGUCUUCCUCUUGCUCGACGAAGUCCCGUCCUUCGACAAGCUCGAAAAUCUCGAGCGUCUGGUGCUGGCGUCGAUGCCAGGCAUGAACAGCUUGCCGGAUGUAUCCCAUGCUGGAGGGCCCACCCACUCCGGAACUCAUGGCGCCCUGCAAUGGGACCAUGUGGAAGCAGUGCGACUGUUGAAGCGAUGUGCUACAACGCCCGAUUCAUGGGCAUCGCCUGCACGACGAAUGUUUAUCCGAUCGAGAUGA